AUGGAGCACCACAUGCCCCUGCACCUGGAGCGCAUGCUGACGACGUCGCCGCCACGCAGGGUACCGCCGGUCGCCUGCGUCGUCGUCGACGUGCUGGCGUCGUGGGCCGUGCCCGUCGCCGUGCGCUGCGGCGUGCCCGUGGCCGGGUUCUGGCCCGCGAUGCUCGCCUGCUACCGCGUCGUCGCCGCCAUCCCAGAGCUCCUCGAGAAGGGCUUGAUCUCGGAAUCUGGUACACCGAUCUCGUCGGCUGUUGAGUCGUCCGACGGCGAUGAACAACAGGUCGUUCAGGACGACGGCUGGACGGCGACGAUCCGGGGCCUCGAGAUCCUGCCGGCGCAGGUGGAGCUCCGUGUCGAGGAGCUGCCGUGGCUCGUCGGCGACUCGGCCACUCGGAGGUCCAGGUUCGCCUUCUGGCUCCAGACCUUGCACCGCGCCCGGGGCUUCCGCUGGGUGCUCGUCAACUCCUUCCCGGCCGAGGCCGGGUGUCCAGCUGCAGCCGCUGGCAACGAGAACGACGACGAUGCGCACCGCCUCGCGCGGCAGGGCCCGCGUGUCCUCCCCAUCGGCCCGGUGCUGCUACCGGGCGGCGCCGGCGAGCGCACGAAGCAGCAGCAGCAGUGCGGCAAGAACCCCAGCAUGUGGCGCGCGGACUCGACGUGCAUCGGGUGGCUGGACGCGCAGCGCGCCGGGUCGGUGGUGUACGUCUCGUUCGGCAGCUGGGUGGGGUCGAUCGGCCCAGACAAGGUCCGCGAGCUGGCGCUGGGGCUCGAGGCCACGGGCCGCCCGUUCCUGUGGGCGCUCAAGCGCGACGCGUCCUGGCGCGCGGGGCUCCCCGACGGGUUCGAGGACCGCGUGGCGGGCCGGGGCAAGCUCGUGGACUGGGCGCCGCAGCAGGACGUGCUCCGCCACGCCGCCGUGGGGUGCUACCUCACCCACUGCGGCUGGAACUCCACGCUGGAGGCCAUCCAGCACGGGGUGCGCCUGCUCUGCUACCCGGUCUCCGGGGACCAAUUCAUCAACUGCGCCUACAUCACCGGGGUGUGGCAGAUCGGGCUCAGGCUCGACGGCGGCAUGAGCCGCGACGACGUCGGGGCCGGCAUCGGGAGGGUCAUGGACGACGGCGACGAGGGCCGGCGCCUGCAGGAGAAGGUCUGGGCGCUGCGGGACCGCGUCGUGACGGUGGAGGCCAGGCGCGCCGCCGACCGGAACGUCAGCUCGUUCGUGGACGAGAUCACGAGAGAUCACCCGCUGUUGGUGCAACUAUACAGCGUGUUGUAG